AUGGGCAUCGACAAUGGAGCGCCGUUCCUGCGCCAAUCAAUCGCCAAGGAGCCUCGCAGCCUCGUGGGCACGGCCACCGACCCGGCUCGACUCCUGCCGGCCAUCGAUGGUGACAAACCCAAAGGUAGCUUUUGAACUUUCUGCACCGCGUGGUUUCACUCCAACAAAUCAAAGAGCUUACCUAUUUUGCGCCUCUCGGUUGCUUUCACCACGGCUCUUAGUUCUCCUUAUCGAUGCGUCCACCGCGUUUCGCGACAUCUGGAUCUCGACUGCCGGCAGGAAGCACCGUGGCCGUUCUUUCAUCGACAUCGUGAUCGCACGCCUCAAGGUUCUAAAAGAAGAACAAUCGUCUCUACAAGUCGUCGUCAUCCUCGACAAUGCGAAAUGGCGGCCCAAGCUCAAGGAGGCGACGGCUAAAGAGCGUGCCGAACGAUCGAGGAUCGCGCCGGACAAUGUCGACGUCCGCUUCGGCGACUUUCGCACAAAGCCGAUCUACUUGUCCUCGGAAGAGGUACAGGUACUCCAAGAACGUCUACCCCAACCUUCGACGCCCAACGUCAACUCGGAUCAGAUCCAUGUGUGGCGAGUUGGCUCGGGCAUAACUUUCGUCAUGGCUCGCACUGAAGCGGACACCUACAUGUGCGCAUCGGCGCGACGUGGCCACAUCAUCGACGUGCGGCUCGACCCUCAAUCCACUGUUCUCUGGUCAGGGGACACUGAUUGGAUCUACGGCCUCCCUGCGCGCUUCUGUCGCUGGCGAAUCUACGAGGAGCGAACGCCGUUGAAACUCGCCGAGGAGCUGAAGGAUGUUUCGCUCGACACCCUCGUCGUGGAUGAGUCCUUCGUAGCGCAAGCCGGCGGUACGAGGACCAAGAGGAAGAUCUUUUUACUCGUGGACCUUUUGGAGCUGAGGCAGUGGGGCACAGACGAGGCGCUGGUCGUGGCGGGGAUCGUCGCAGGAGGCGACUAUCUCAGCGGCGGGCUCCCUGGCAUCGGACUCCACCGGACGUUCGAAAAGUACAAGUUCUGCCUCUCGUUCGAAUUCUGGCAAGCUCCUCUCGAGACGAUUCACGAAGCCUUCAAAGGCUACCUCGAGAACAAGUCGUCGAGAACGAAGCGCGUCGAAGGUAUCCAACGUGCUCGGAACGAGAUGGCCGCGAUCCAUGCGCUCGUGGCGAACGACACCGCCGAGCGUUUCGACCGGCUCAAGGCACGGAAGGCAUCUACCACCACACGCAACAUCCCCCUCAGUGGCUUCAGGACCCCUUGGGGUGCACCCCUUCCCAGAGCGACGCCCUUUCCACCGCAAGCUCCGGUUCCACCCCCGCAGAAGACUCGACCCUUGUUCUCCACCACCUCUGCAAGCCCACCCGCCAGCUGGCUUCUUUCUCCCCCCCCCCCCCCGAUACCCCUAGCACCCACUCUCGCCGCCGUGACGACCGUCGUCACCGCUUCGGGUGUCCUCGCCGGACCUGCCACUCUCGCUGCACCUCCACUUCCCUCCGCGCAACCACCCUCCCUCGCAGCGGCCAAGCUCUUCCUCAAGCAGCCCCGCAAGAAGAUGACUACGCUGCGUUCGCAAGCAUGGCAGGCUUUGGGCGCGCGCCCUGACCUUCGGAAGGAGUACCUUAAGGUGGUCACGAAGGUGAGGCACUGCCGGGAGAAGCUGGGCGCCCAAGUCGCUCGAGUACGAAGUCCUCUGUACCGAUCCGUCAUGGGAUACCAUGCAUGGAGGUACAUCGACACCACGAGGAUGGAGACCGGUCCGUUGCUCAAUCGAAGCAAGUCCAAGCCGGGAGGCGAGCGCAGACUGCAGCGACCCGCACCUCCUGUGUUGGAUUCGUCGAGUGAUCGUGAUCUCGAUGUCGACGAUCACGAUCUCGGCUCGGAGGACCGGGCUUCGGGCAUGGGCGGCCGCACCUUGGACGAGGAGGAGGAGGAGGAGGAGGAGGAUGGCGAUGAUGAUGAUGAUGAUGAUGAUGAUGAUGGGCAAGAGGACGAGUUCGGGGAGGAUGAGUUCGGAGAGGACGAGUUCGGAGAGGAUGAGUACGGGGAGGCUGAGAUCGGGGAGAAUGAGGUCGACGAGGGGGAGCCGAAGCCAGAUCCCAUCACUGCUCCUCAUGACGACGACUUCCAGGAUGCGGGCGAAGCCGAGGACGAGGGCGAAGGAGGGAGUCAAGAGGGUCAAGGCACGCCGGCAGGCAAGGAGUAUCAUGCUCCUGUUCGACACCGAGGGUUGCGGGCGAGCGUGCGCGAGAUUCUUCCGCCCCUAUCACCCGACCAACCGGGAACAGACAACCAGCGAUGGAAGAACACGUUCUCCUCGCUUAUGCGUCUACAAACGCUCGCGCAAGAGCUCGAGUUCAAAGUCCUGAACGCAGUCUUGGUCGACUACCUCAAUGGAUGGACUCAACGCGACUGGCACGAAAUCGCGUCGAACGACUCAGCCCUGGUGACGAGGAUGCGUGCCGUUAUCCAUGCGCUCCAGCCUCACGAUUCCAUCGCGUUAUCCCGUGUCUCAAAGAAGCCGGCGCAGCUCACAGCAAACGUGUCGGUCGACCUCGCAACGAUGACCCCGGCGGAGUAUGGUCGGCACGUCGAACAUUUCGAGGGAGCGGCCAAUGAUGAUGGUUCGCUUCUGUACAACGCGGUGAGUCGACUAGUCUGCGAGUUCAGAGAGAGAGAUCCGCCAACUUCAAGAUGGAGGAGCUGACUUGUCGACUCGGAAUCACUUAUUUUGCGGCGGUGAUGUAGGCUUCAGGGUUGCUGGUCUCGGCCGUCAAGGAACUUCGAGCGAAAGGAGUCUUCCUCCCCCGCUACAAGAUCGACUCGACCUACUACCAAAACGUGGCAGAGCGUUGUGCGAAGGAUAUCCUUGGAUGGAAAGAUCGAGGUGAUUACGUUCUCGCCACCUACGCCCGGCACAUGUUCGAGUCUCGUGACAUCGAAUCGGCGCUUUCGCCGCUCGACCCGGACGACGAGUUCCGUCAGCCCAAGGGGCGCAAGCGACUGCUCGACUGUCUCGUCACCGCGCUCUCGGAGGUCCCAUUUCCCUGGCGCUCCCAUCGAGCGGACCUCGAGGCGUUGGUGGCCGGGAUCGCCAAAGACCAGUCUGAUCCCGACCACGAACACCUCCGCGCGGUCAUGCGAGCGUGCUUGCAAGAGGCAUGUGGCGCACGGGACCAGCGAAUGCGGUGGGCCUUUGGGCGCGAUCAAGCUACCGCCACUCGUCUGGUCGGCGGCAAGCUCUCCGAUUUUGGGCCCGGCGGCAGGCUGAAAAACCCGAUCGCGCUCCUGCCCGUCUACCACCAUCUCCUCAUCGAGUCUGGACAUGGCAGGGGCAUCGUACCCGUGAGUCCGACACUCGACAGCUGGCACUCUGUCACCCCAGCCAGUGUAGCGAUCGAGUGCUGACCUUGACUGCGUUGGGGAAUCUGUUUGAUGUUCGGACAGACCGAGGGCAAACGCCCUUUUGUGAACUGUUCGCCGGGGUAUCUCGGCACGAUCCUCACGUACCCCGUCUCGCUCGUCCGAACGCAGCUCGACUGGUUGAACAAGCUUCUUGCUGCGUCUGUCGUCAAUGACGUAUCGGAGCCCGCGGGUAACGUCGCAAGUCCGACUCACUUCCCCGUCCUUCGAGCGUUGCUAGGAAGAGGUUCAACCUGAUCUUCACGACAUCUAAGGACGAGAAGACGAUGCACGUCAAACCGGAGUGGGCUCGUGACGCAGUGGCCGGCGUCAAGGCGCUGCAGCACCUCUGUUUCGGCCGAUCCGUGGCUGGCUCGGACCCGUCGACCCCGACCGUCCCACCUGAGCUGUCCGAGGAGAGGCUUCUCGAGCCAGACGCGUUCGCUGCCUUUGGUCCUCGCCUCGUCGACAUCCUCUUCGACACAGACAGGAUUCUCGACAAGGACGAAAUACCGGCGGGGUCGUUGACAACGAACGGACACCGAGUUCGUCUACGAGUCUUGAACGUGUCGAGCGUGGCAUCAACAGAGCGUAACAAGUCGUGGUACAACAAUCCCGACGUCUCGAUCGGCUCCGCGCUCGACCGAACGGUGGCCAAAGCCCGGCUGUGGCUCCGCUUCCAAACAAAAGGCAAGAAGGGCCCGCGAGUGGUCAAGCACGACUUGGAGCACUAUGUCGACGGCAUCAAGCACGUGUUCCGCUUAUCGUAUGCUCGACCGGGAUCCGCCGAGAAGCCGAGCCGAAUUGACGAGUUGGAACGCAAGCUCCGAGAACGCGCGGUGGCGGCCGCUCCCAUCCCUCUCGAUCCCGAGCGCCAAGCUCUCAUUGAGCGCGAAGCCGUGCGAGUCGAGUACGUGUCCUGGAAGCGAUUCCGAGACGUCCCCAUCAUCGACAGUCGCAUCUGCAUCCCAUCGAUACACAACCCCGAGGCACGUCGAGCGGUAUUGGGAAGGCUCCAAGAGCACUCGAACAAGAAAUUUGGCACCCAGGUGAGUCGAGUUUGCUCCCAUGUUCCUUGCGUCGGACGGAAGUCGGCAGGGUAGCAUUUUGGCUGACGAAUUCGCCUUUGUCCGUUGUCGAUUGGGAUGUGUUUGAUUCGGCAGCACGCCGUAGCCACGGAGGACCUCAUUGCGGUGUUUGAACAACGUGGCGACCUCUUCCGUGAUCUCUGGCGUGCUUUCGAGGAUUCGAUCAUCAUUUCGAUCGAUCUCGGUCACGCUCGGCCGGUCACUGCCGUCGCUCGUGUUUUCACGCACGACGAGACGGCGGCCUUCGAGACGUUCCGGUUCGGCAAAGAGGGGCUUGGAGCUAUCGCAGCGGAAGGCAAUCGCAAAGGUGCCCGUCAACGCGCGAACAAGACCCAUCGUAUCAACGAGGCCUUGCGUGCCAACAAGCUCGAGUGGUCCCCGCUUGCGGCAAAACUUGGGUUUCCCCUUCGACACACGCACGACGCGAUUUCGGUUUCAAGUACGCGACCAGAGGCGACUCUCACGGUUAUGUACCGACAAGCCGAACAAAUGGCCAAAGUGUUUGGUCUCGAGUGCAUGGGUGAGUUUGCGCUGGUAAAGUUUCUCCUUGCAAUCCAAGAAAAUCGGCUCGGGUGCUCGAGCUGGGUGGAGUCUGCUGACACCUACGCUAUACGACACCUGGCAGCCGCGGCUCGUCGACCCAACCACCUCGUUUCGUCUCCACCGACCCAUCCCGAGACAGCCACCUACAGUCAGCUACUCUCAAAGGGCUCGCGACCCGCCUUCCUCGUAGUCGGCAAUGGGUUCACAAGCCCUGGUCCCAAUCCGUCGGGCGUCUCCUACGCCAACAGUUGCUCCAAGAUCAUCUUUCGCUGCCUGCGGGCGCUUGGACUGGAGAGCAUUUACUUCUGUUCCGUCAGCGAGUAUUUGACCUCCAAGCUCUGCUGGCAUUCGGACUGUAGGGACACGGACGGAACGCGGAACUGGUGAGUCUGCCAUGAUUGAGACCUCUUGAUCACUUGCCGAGUCUUUUCUACCGCGUUCGGCCCUCAGCUCGGGUCACUGACACUCGCGCCGUGUUGUGAUUGGCCUCCGCAGGGUCGGUCUUGGCCAAAAAUCGAACGGAUCCACCUGUUUCCGCGUUGCCCUAGGCGGUGGGACCUGCGUCCACCCGCCUGCCGACCGGGACAUCAUGGGAGCGGGGAACUGCCUGAAUGCGUUCGAGCACGAGAUCCUAUGGGGCCGGCACCCCUUCUUCCGGUCGUCUCCCGCCGCUGUGCAAGCAUCGCAGGACCAGCAGUAA